AUGACGGGCAACAGUACAGCCAACUACUCGUAUGCGACCUUCUUUUGCGGGACAUGUGAGCAGCCUAUCCGACUGGACUCUUCUCUCCUGGAGCAUCAAUCUCUCGAAGACGCAACAGGCAAGUCAUUUAAAUGUUUUGCACCAUUAUUGGAUCAAGCUCGAUCAUUUCGAAAUCUACGAUCAACAACACUGCGUCCAACUCGCAGAGUCUUGCCUCCCGAAAUAUCCACUUCUUCACUCGAACGACGCACUACCGGCACCAACAAUAACAACAAUAGUGCCAUGUGGAGAACGGGUGUCCCUGUCCAAGAUUCCUUUGUAAUGCUAUCACGCUCACAAGUCAAUGCAACGCCUUCUGCCUCUGCAUCGUCAUCAAAUCUACCUCUACAACAACAGGACUCUUCACAGCAACGAGGCAAUCUCAGUCAUCGACUGAAAACUGCUGGAAAACUAUUCGACUUGAUAUCUGGAGUGUCACAAGUAGAUCACCCACUAUGUCAGGACUGUGCCGAUGAGCUGACAAUCAUGCUGGAAAAGCGUCUGUCUGAAGUCCGUAAAGAGCGGGACGUCUAUUCUGCCUAUCUCGACAAGCUGGAAGUAGACCGAGAAUCUGGAUCUGAGGAUAACAAGAUUACGGAGCAUGAUCUUGCAGCUCUCAAGGAAAGAGAAGACCAGUCACUACGAGUUUUGAAGGAGCUCGAGGACGAAAAAGUCCACCUAAAACACGAACUGGAAUUACUGGAAGCCGAGUUACAUGAAUUAGAUCAUCUGGAGGCAUGUUACUGGCAAGACGUCAACGAGUACGAAACAGAAUUGCGUGAAUUCCAAGAUGAGAGAGACAGCAUUCAGAUGCGACAAGAGCAUACAGACCGUCAACUUCAAAACUUGAGAAGGACGAAUGUCAUCAAUGACACGUUCAGGAUAUGGCAUGAUGGACCUUUUGGAACUAUAAAUGGUUUCCGUCUUGGACGUCUUCCUUCCAUCCCAGUCGAUUGGUCUGAAAUCAAUGCAGCAUUGGGUCAGGUCCUGUUGCUUAUGGACACUCUAACAAACAGACUCAGUUUCACAUUCAAAACGUAUCGUCUGGUGCCCAUGGGCAACUUUUCCCGUAUUGAGAAGAUUGAAGGAGACAAGGCUAGCUAUGAGUUAUAUGGAUCGGGUGAUAUAGCUAGUGUACUCUUCUACAACCGUCGAUUUGACAUUGCCCUUAUCGCACUUCUGAAUUGCUUGCAGCAAUUAUGUGAACUCGUAGAGCACGACGGAGCCUUCAAGUUGCCAUACCGAAUAAGCAAGGAUAAGAUUGGAGACACAUCUAUACGGCACUCCAAUCUCGAUGAUACGUGGACGAAAGCACUCAAGUUCGUGUUGAUCAACCUGAAAUGGGUAUUGGCUUACGCUUGGAAUUGUGAUUAUGCGGUCCUUUGGACUGACGUGCUACCCUCCCUAGAAAUCGCCAACGCCUUUGCCUCAUUUGCCUCAUCACUCUCUGCCCAGGAUGAUAGCAGAUUCAUUAACAACGCGUUUAUGGUUACCUCCGCACUGAUUGGGGCAGGUUGUGGCAUGGGUCAACGACAAGCCACAUUAGAAGGCAUUCGUAUGGUCUUGUCAUCAAACGGUGGGAGUGAUAUCCUCUGUGACUUGGUCGGAUGUGGUAUAUCAUGGCGUGCUAAUGCUCAAAAGAACGUUAUUGUACUUACUGAUGGGGAUUCUGAUCUCCCUACAAACGUGAACUACCGAAUGACAAAUCAGUCACCCAGUACAUCCAUGUGCUGGGGAUCGUAUCUCUAUACUCGCGACAUAAGUGGCAACCUUGUCGAAAAUGGUUGUUCGAGCAACCUCCAAUAUGAGCCAAAGUGGACCGGUUCUAUGGCCUUCAUGGACUCAUUAACGAGUGGAGGACCUAUACCUACAUAUUACCGGACUGAUAGCGGACCAAUCUCACUACAGCAGUCUUGGUAUGAUGAGAUUGCAGCUACUGCCAAACUGAUUGUUCAAAAUGGUGCCAUUGUCCAUCUUCUGAUGCAGCCUGCGAGUGACACGUCUUCUGUCCCGGCACUCUUCGCCCCUCGCUCACAAUUUAAUGGAUACAACGAGUACUUUCGUAAAAUCGGUGCGCAAACGACUUCGGCCAAUAACACUCAAGUUUUGCAAUUUGGCGAUCCUGCUGUUCAAUCCAUGGAUUCAGAUUAUUUGAACUUUAAUCCGAAACUGACGAAUCAAAAUCUGGCCAGCGUUGGCUUGAAUUCGUCUCUUCAGUCGUCGGUUCUGUCUAUGGGUGGACUUCUUCGUCUCUUCAACAUUGGUGAUUUGACUACCAGCUCAACCGGAGCUUCUAGAUUUUUAAAUGCUGCGUUGAGUACAUCACUCACAUGCUCUUCUGACAAUACGAUUUACUCGCCUCCUGCCCCAUCACCAAAUCCAAGUGCAAUAGCCUCAGCGGCGUCUUCAGUAGCUCCUUCUCCUGUAGUGACGUCUGCCAACCCUAAUAUUUUGGCAUCAACAAUUGUCUUGAACUCCGUGUUACCAUCUCCCGUUCCAAGCACUGUCAUGGCUUCAGUCCUACCAUCUCCUAUUCCAAGCACCGUCAUGAGUUCCGUCUUACCGUCUCCUAUUCCAAGCACUGUCAUGGCUUCAGUAUUGCCGUCUCCGAUUCCAAGCACUGUCAUGACUUCAGUCUUGCCGUCUCCGAUUCCAAGCACUGUCAUGACGUCAGUCUUGCCGUCUCCGAUUCCAAGCACUGUCAGGACUUCAGUCUUACCAUCCCUCAUUUCAAGCGCUGUCAUGACUUCAGUCCUGCCAUCUCCUAUUCCAAGCACUGUCAGGACUUCCGUCUUACCGUCCCCCAUUCCCAGCACUGUCAUGCCGUCUCCUCUGCUGGCAUCCGCUAAACCUUCCAUUGUACCUUCUACUUUGGUCUACCCUUCGCCUAUGACAAGGGUAUCAGCGGCUUCAGCUCCCUCUUCUCCCACUCCAGCCAGUCCGUCUCCAAUGUCAACGAGCGUCUUGGCAGAUUCAGUGGUCAUACCGUCGUCCAUUCCAGCAACGUCAUCAUCUCCUGAUGCUUCACCAACACCGGAACCAUCAGGCGCAAAUGUAGUGCCUAUUGCAAUUGGUGGUGCGCUGGGUGCAGCGUCGAUAUUUGGUGCCAGCAUAAUCUACCGACGCUCUCGUCACCACCUUCCAGGAGCAGGUGGUGUAUCAGCAGGACCAGCAAGGCUCUCAACGAAUGGUCAUAAUCCAUUGUAUGAGGGGUUGAGCUCGUUGUCGGAGAAUCCUCUGUACGAAGACCCGUUGAGGAAGAUGGAUUUCUUUUCAUCAUCUUUCGCUGAUUUGGCCUGA